CCAGUGCGUCACGUUAACGCACCAAUCGCCGGGCGUGUUGUGAUCCUCCACAGCGCGAGCUCCCCGUGAUGCGCGCGGACGCGGAGUCGCGCAAGUGGUUGCGCAGCGCAGCGCGGCGGACUUUGCGUUAAACGCUUGCCCCGCUGAAGUGACGCUCAGCUCCACCGAGCUCCCGCACCCCCAGACGCCGCAAAGCAGAGAGUGAGCGUCUUCGAUCUCCUUUUUAAACUUCCUCUCUAACUCCCUGAGCAUUUUUAAAGGCAUUUGCGUUCCUUCCCACCAUGUUUCGCUCACUGUUGUGCGUAAUCAUAGCUUUUGCUUCCGCGCCGGCAGAUGCGCAAACCUCCAGCCGGUUUGUUAUCGGAUGUCCCGCCCGGUGCGACAAGUCGAUGUGUCCCCGGCUGCCGGCGGACUGCCAGGCGGGACAGACGCUCGACGCCUGCCAGUGCUGCCCGGUGUGCGCGUCCGGCGAGGGCGAAGCGUGCGGCGGCGGCGGCGGCAAGCUCGGGGACCCCGUGUGCGGAGACGGGCUGGAGUGCUCGGUCCCCGGCGGCGUGGCGUUCACGGCCACGGUGCGGCGGAGGAGCAAGACGGGCGUGUGCGCGUGCAAGGCCACCGAGCCGGUGUGCGGGAGCGACGGGGUGUCGUACCGGGACAUCUGCGAGCUGAGGAGAGUGAGCCGCCGGGCGCAGAAGCUGCAGCAGCCACCUGUGCUCUUCAUUCAGCGGGGAGCCUGCGGGAAAGCUCAGGACAACCCAGACAGCCCGAGGCACAAGUACAACUUCAUCGCCGACGUGGUGGAGAGAAUCGCUCCGUCUGUGGUUCACAUUGAACUGUACCGCAAGAUGACCUACUCCAAGCGGGAGGUGGCGGUGGCCAGCGGCUCCGGCUUCGUCGUGUCCGAGGACGGCCAGAUCGUGACCAACGCCCACGUGGUCGCCAACAAGCACCGCGUGAAGGUGGAGCUGAAGAGCGGCGCCACCUACGACGCCAAAAUCAAAGACGUGGACGAGAAGUCCGACAUCGCCCUCAUCAAGAUCGACGCGCCGACCAAGCUCCCCGUUCUGCUGCUGGGCCGCUCGUCAGACCUGAGACCCGGGGAGUUCGUCGUGGCUAUCGGCAGUCCCUUCUCCCUCCAGAAUACGGUCACCACGGGGAUCGUCAGCACCACCCAGCGGGGGGGCAGAGAGCUGGGCCUGCGCAACUCUGACAUGGACUACAUUCAGACUGACGCCAUCAUCAACUACGGCAACUCCGGUGGCCCUCUGGUAAACCUGGACGGCGAGGUGAUUGGGAUAAACACACUGAAGGUGACAGCCGGCAUCUCCUUCGCCAUCCCCUCAGAUAAAAUCCGGCAGUUCCUGGCCGAGUCCUACGACAGGCAGUCCAGAGGGAGAGCAGCUGCUAAGAAGAAGUACAUUGGUGUGAGGAUGAUGACUCUCACUCCCGCACUGGCCAAAGAGCUGAAGACUCAACACCGUGACUUCCCUGAUGUCACCUCCGGAGCUUAUGUCAUGGAGGUCAUCGCCAAGACGCCGGCUGAAGCUGGUGGGCUCAAGCAGCACGACGUGAUCAUCUCCAUCAACGGACAGAGGAUCUCAUCAGCAACGGACGUCAGUGCCACCGUGAAGAAGGAUGAAACCUUGAAAGUAGUUGUUCGCCGUGGAAACGAGGAUGCUAUCCUCACUAUCGUUCCCAUAGAGAUUGACCCUUGACCUUGAGCUAGAUGAUACUUGUCAAAAGUGGACCUGAUAUUAGAGAAGGGCUUUACUGCGACAGCCUCAACCAGUGGCCUCAACCAGUGGCCUCAAGCCACACAUCCAAGAAUAUUCUGGCUUUGCCUUGAAAGGGAUGAAUGUACAGAUGCUGUAACGAGCAGCGCUGUACUUUGAUUUCCAAGUGUGCCUUCACUUUUAGUCUUUAAUGCUUCCACUGUUGGGAAUUUGGUUAUUGUCCUGUUGUUUUAUAUGCUUUUCUAGUUCUGUGUAUUUUUAUAAUGUUGGACUUACACAUUUCAACAUUCAAGCCUUCCACUGCAAUUUUAAGCAACAUAGAGACUCACUGUAGAAAUUGUAUUUGUAUAAUUGUUGUUUUCUAAACACCUUUUUAAAAAGUACUGUAGAUUAUUUUAUUGUUUAUGUGAUGUAUACUGACAAGUGAAUAAAGGAUUUCAUUUCUUUUGUUU